CGCGGAGGAGACGAGACGGUGCGCUCCAAGAGAAGGAGGACGCUGGGGGAAAGAGCGGCCCGGGCCCCUUCUAGGAAACCCCGCGCUUGUUGUUUUCCCUGUGGCUGAGGGAACGCAGGAACCAAAACGAGGCUGCGGAGGGGGCGGGCUGCCGGGGUUGGAGAAGGAGGGCGGGCGACAGAGGAGCGGGGGCGGGGAUAGAACGCCGCCCCGGCCAAUCGCGGCGGAGGCUUGGGAAAGGUGUGUGGCGGCCAUAAUAAUAAUAAAAGGAGGGGGGGGGGGAGGAAAGCGGCUGCAGCGCCUCAGAAAAGGGGGGCGUGGCCGAAGGGGAGAAGUGGGCGUGAGGAAGCUUUUCAGUGGCCGUGUCUGUAUAGCGGCUGCGUCCAAUGACGGGCAGCAAGGGACGCGUCACGCCAGGGUAAGGCGGGGAGGGGAGGAAAGGCAGGUUGUUGGUCAGCGCAGGUAAGGUUUGGAGGGGAGCGGACUGGACCACUGUGUGCGGGGGGUGGGGGGUGAAAUUACCGCUGGCGCUGCAGUGAGAGUGGUUCUGCGGGAGGAUAAAUGGGACGGCUCAUUUCCAUGCACCCCUGUGGUGUUCGGAGGGAGGAUUUAAUGGGAUAUUUACCUGAGAUCUCGCGGGGGGCGGGGCGUGGAGAAACCUCUCGAUUCAUAACUUCGCUUAAUUCUUUGUAAAGUGCUUUGUGGCACCUCAGAGACAAACAUGAAUAAGACUUAGAGAGUUAGUCUAUAGUGCUGCUAUUAUUAUUAUUAUUAUUUUCUUGAAUUUUUCUGCGAGUUUUUCUUGAUUUUGUCUGUUUUCUCUUUUGUAAACCACUCUGAAGUGGUUUUUUUUUAAAGGCGGCGUAUACAUUUUGUGAAUGAACAAAUAAAUAUUUGUUUAAAUUUAAAUCUAGAUAAAUAAAUAUUUAUACACUGCCUUUCCCCGCCCCCCCCCCCACAACAGGGAACCAAAGCAGCUUAGAGAAAAAUAAGAAAUGCUACAAAUGUAGGCAAAAAACAAUCUUAACAUUGAUAGGACUAGUGAUGUUAAAUUCUCGACGAUAUUCUCAGUUAAUGAGGUGUGUACAUUUAAAGCUGCUGUGUAGACGACACAGAAUUUACAGUUUGUGGAGAAUAUUCUCAAGAUAGGACUAAAACCAUAAAUACACAUAAAACCUAUCAAAACCAUUCAAACAGUCACAGCAAAAACAGCAUGGCACAAGCCCUUUCUUUAAAAGCAUUCAGUUUCCCAAAGCCUUUUGGGACAAGAGAUUCUCCACCUGCCAGCAGAAGUAUAGCAAGGAGGGAGCCAGUCUUAUCAUCUCUUAAGGAAGAAGCUCCAAAGUCUGGGAGCAGCCACAGAGAAGGCCCUUUCCCCCCUCCACAACUGCUGAAACCCAUCUUUCUUUUAUACAUGGAAAAGAAAAUGGCAAAGAGGCUUGCAUCACUAACAAACUUCAAAAUGAAAUACAGAUUAUCUGAAGAAGUGUGCAUGCACACGAAAGCUCAUACCAAUAACAAACUUAGUUGGUCUCUAAGGUGCUACUGGAAGGAUUUUUUUUAUUUUGUUUCGACUAUGGCAGACCAACACAGCUACCUACCUGUAACAAACUUCAAGCUACACUUCAGGAAAUAGAUAACCAUGGAGUAAGUCUUGCUGAACUUCUGAGUAAACACAUUCAGGGUUACGCUAUGUGUCUUCAUGGUAAGCUUUGUGGCACCUCUUAAAGGUUAACACAUUUUAUUGUGGGGUAUAAGCUUUCACCGGCCAGAGUCCACUUCAAUAGAAGUGUUAUCCUCGAUAGGUGCAUAUAUGUAAACUGCACUCUGUGCAUCCGAAGCUUCUACCACCAUAAUGGUUAAUCUGUAAAAGCUUUUCAAAUCUCAGCGGCCCAUAGAACUGAACUACCUGAAAAAAGGUGAGCUUUCAUUCAUUUAAUUUUAAAACUCUAAUUUGAGUCUGGCAAUUUUAUCUGUUUAAAUAUAAUAAUAAUAAUUUAUUAUUUCUACCCCGCCCAUCUGGCUGGGUUUCCCCAGCCACUGGGUGGCUUCCAACAGAAGGUAAAAAGACAUUAAAGCAUUAGUCAUUAAAAACUUUCUUAAACAGGGCUUCCUUCCCUAAACCUCGCAGAAACCUCAGUUGGUCCAAAAUGCAGCAAUCAGAUCACUGGCUGGGGUUCCGUUUGGAUCUUAUGUAACCUCAGUUUUAAAACAGCUAUACUGGUUGCUAAUUCAUUUCCGGGCCCAAUUUAAGGUGCUCAGGUUUGUGUUUAAAGCCCCAAAUGACUCAAGCCCUAAAUCAUUAAAAGGCCACCUCCUUCCCUACAGUCCCUCAUGGGUGCUAAAAGCGGCAGAGGGGUCCCUCUUGGUAGUCCCUCUACCCUCGGAGGCAUUGGGGGAUAGUGCUCUGGGUGAGGGCCUUCUCUGUGGUGGCCCCUAAGCUGUGGAACUCCCCAUUGAGGUGUGUCUGGCACCCUCAUAAUGCAGCUUCCAGCGAAUGCUGAGAUGCACCUCCUUACCCUGUUUUUUGACACUUGAGGUGUAUAUUUUUAAGACCCGCCUUAUUCUACGGGUUAUAGGGCGGCAUAUAAAUUUAAUAAAUAAAUAAAAUAUAAAAUAAAUUCUUAUGAUUGUAAGUUAUUUAACCCAACCUGGAACCUUAGGGUGAAGGAUGGGUAAUUAUUGAUAAUAAUAAUAGGGAUAUUGGCGUUCUUAUAUUCAUAUUUUGUGCACCAAUUGUACUACGAAAUGUGUAUGUUCUAAUUGCAUUUGGUGGUUUUAUCCGUGUAGUUGUGUUUAUGCAUGUUUCAGGGGUGCCAUCUCGCCCUCAGGGUUAUGGGUGCCUGCUGCCACAAUGCAGACAUGCAACAUCACACACACACGCCUACACGUAGAGAGACUGCCUCUGCAUGUGAACCACACACCCCAGAAAAGGGUGCUUCGCUGGCUGGCUGCAGAGGGUGGAACUGAAUUGCUUCUCUCUCAGAGGCAGUGCUGUUGCCGCCUGUCGGCUUUUCUUAUUGACUCUGUGGGUGCCUGGCCCCCACAAUUACCGUAUUUUUUUGCUCUAUAAGACUCACUUUUUCCCCCCUAAAAAGUAAGGGGAAAUGUGUGUGCGUCUUAUGGAGCGAAUGCAGGCUGCGCAGCUAUCACAGAAGCCAGAACAGCAAGAGGGAUCGCUGCUUUCCCUGCACAGUGAUCCCUCUUGCUGUUCUGGCUUCUGAGAUUCAAAUUUUUUUUUUCUUGUUUUCCUCUUCCAAAAACUAGGUGCGUCUUGUGGUCUGGUGCGUCUUAUAGAGCAAAAAAUACGGUAUGUUAUUUUGGGUGAACAAGCAUCCGCAGACCCCUGGAGUUGGCUCAUAUGGCAUGUUUGUGUAUGAUACUCAAGUUGCAAAGGCCCAGGUCUGAUGUAAAUAAAUAUCUAUCUAGAACUGGUCCUUAAGAAAGGCCCCUUCAGUCUGUUUGAUUAAAAGGAGGGUAGAAUGCUCUUGCACUGCUUCUGAUACUCUGUGCAAAGGGCGCGCAGCAGUGAUGCCAAAGGUGUGGACUAUUUGCCAGCCUUACUUAUUUUAAUUUAUAUCCUAUCUCUUGGUUAUGGACAUGGUUUUCCCGUUCUCAGUCUACAGGAAGUGACAGUUUGUUACUUUGUGAGUGACCUGCAAUGAACCUUGGGCGGGUGGCGCUGUGGGUUAAACCACAGAGCCUAGGGCUUGCCGAUCAGAAGGUCGGCGGUUUGAAUCCCCGCGGCGGGGUGAGCUCCCAUUGCUCGGUUCCUGCUCCUGCCAACCUAGCAGUUCAAAAGCACGUAAAAGUGCAAGUAGAUAAAUAGGUAGCGCUCUGGUGGGAAGGUAAACGGUGUUUCCGUGCGCUGCUCUGGUUCGCCAGAAGCGGCUUAGUCAUGCUGGCCACCUGACCUGGAAGCUGUACACCGGCUCCCUCGGCCAGUAAAGCGAGAUGAGCGCCGCAACCCCAGAGUCCGCCACGACUGGAUCUAACGGUCAGGGGUCCCUUUACCUUUAUUCUCCUUCUCUUCUUUCGCACAUUGGAUGUGAGAGACCAGAAAUACCCUAUUCUGGUUUUAAUCAAAUCACAGUUGCCCAUGACAAGGCAGCUCAGCCCAGCGGUUCCAUGGACCAAAGCAUUGGUUGGAUCCCCUAAUCGCUUCCAGCGGUUUGAGACCCACGGGCGCUGCCUGACUUUUUAAAAAAAAACACACACAAUAAUUGCCCAUGACACCCAAACACAGGAAACUUUGCUUUGUAUAAAGCUGAUUUGGUUAGAACAAAUCACAUUUGAUUGGUGCUUUCAGGUCUUGGUUUGUAAACAACCCAGAGUUUCCUGAGUUUGGAUGUCACAGGAAACUGUGGUUAGUUUGACCUCGCAAGCAGAAACCUUCAAUCUCUUCCUUGCUGCUGUGCAAUGGGGAACACAUGAUCCUAGGCUUGAAACGACUUGUUCACAGAGCAGGAAACUACUACACUAAACCACAACAGAAUGUUAAAACAGCAGCUAAAAACCCUGCGUGAAUUUAAAAGUCUUUACCUGGCUCCAGAAAGGUGAUAAAGAGUGAACCAACGGAGCUGGAACCCAAAAGCUCCCUUCUUCAUAGCAGCACUCUUCAUUACACAGGAGCAACAUUUGAAACAGUUCCUCCAAGGAGGAUCUUAAGGUUCAGGUAGACAUAAGCAGAAAGAGGAACCAUUUCAGAUAACUUGGUCCUUAGCCGUUUAAGGCCUUCCAGGGUGAAUAGGAAGCCUUCAGCAAUGAGGGCUGCAUUUCUUUCUGAGCAGCCUUGCAGAGGCUAAAGUGAGGUUAAAGUGGGUGGCGCAAUGAAUGUAAAUUUUGCUUUGCUUCUGAAAUGGAUAGUUGAGAAGCAGGCCUUUCAACUGGGUCAAGAAAUGGACUUCUAAUACUCUUCCACUCCUAGUUUGAACCAGCAGCAGUUUCUGGACCUUUUCCAAUACUAAACCAUAGUUUCCAGUUGCACCUCUACUAAAAAAGUGUGCUGCCUUUGUUUUAAAUUAAAGCUUAGCUGUUAUCCGCGCUCUUUUGCCACCAAACAUGUGUAUUUUUUUAAAAAUGAUUGUUACAUACUGCUUUUGUGUCCACAGGAUUAAGCAUGCCGUACACCCUAAAGGGGGCACUGAUGGUUCUUGCUCAUUAAUUUGGCAGCAUGGGGGGAAGAGAGAGCGAAAAUACACUUUUCUCAUGCUGGGUGGGCAGACAAUCUUUGAUGCGUCCAGACCCUUAGCGCUGAUUCUUCUUGGCUUGGCAUUUUGAAGCAGCGUGUUGGAGUCUUCUCUUGGCGAUAAGGCGGGGAGCGAGGUUAAAAGGUUAGCCUUGCGUUAUUUGAUCCUUUGUGCCCCUGUCAGCAGGCAUUCCUGCUGGGGGGGGGGAAAUAUCUGUUAAUCCAAGACUUCACUCAUAUAUGAAGGAAGAGAGGGAGGUGAGUUGUUGUUUUUUUAACGGCGGCAGUGAUCUCCUUGCAAAGGAUUUAUCGGGAGAAAAACCUGAACAAUUUAAAGAACCGUAGGGGUGUGUAGUAAGACGAAUCUUGGAUUGAGACUCUGGAUUUAGCUAAAGCAAGAGCACUGAGCUGCUUUGAGCAGUGGGGUUUGGCUGCUUUUCCUGUCGCUUGGCAUGGAAUAGAAAUCGCUUUUAUUUAUGUGAGCAUUGCGGAAGAGCAAGUAGCGAUGCUUCGAGCAAAUACUAACAUUCAGCGGAAGUCGGUUCCAGAGAUAUUGGCAAGGUCCUACACAUACAGUUAUGCCGCGCUUGGAAGAGUUGGGCCCCAUCUGCGCUUAAAGCAGUAUCGUACCACUUUAAAAGUAAUGGCUUCCCCUCAAAGAAUCCUGGGAACUGUACUUUGUUAAGGAUGCUGAGAGUUCCAAGGUGACCCCUAUUCCCCUCACAGGGCUACAGUUCCCCAAGUGGUUUAACAAUCAAUCUGUUUUCCCAAACUACUCUGGAAAUUGUAGCUCUUGUUGUUGUUUAGUCGUUUAGUCGUGUCCGACUCUUUGUGACCCCCUGGACCAGAGCACGCCAGGCACUCCUGUCUUCCACUGCCUCCCGCAGUUUGGUCAAACUCAUGCUGGUAGCUUCGAGAACACUGUCCAACCAUCUCAUCCUCUGUCGUCCCCUUCUCCUUGUGCCCUCAGUCUUUCUCAGCAUCAGGGUCUUUUCCAGGGAGUCUUCUCUUCUCAUGAGGUGGCCAAAGUAUUGGAGCCUCAGCUCCAGGAUCUGUCCUUCCAGUGAGCACUCAGGGUUUAUUUCCUUCAGAAUGUAGAGGUUUGAUCUUGCAGUCCAUGGGACUCUCAAGAGUCUCCUCCAGCACCAUAAUUCAAAAGCAUCAAUUCUUCGGCGAUCAGCCUUCUUUAUGGUCCAGCUCUCACUUCCAUACAUCACUACUGGGAAAACCAUAGCUUUAACUAUACGGACCUUUGUUGGCAAGGUGAUGUCUCUUAGCACCCUUUAAAGGUAAAGGGACCCCUGGCCAUUAAGUCCAGUUGCGGACGACUCUGGGGUUGCGGCGCUCAUCUCGCUUUACUGGCCGCUGGAGCCAGCGUUUGUCCCCAAACAGCUUCCGGGUCAUGUGGCCAGCAGGACUAAGCCACUUCUGGUGAACCAGAGCAGCGCACGGAAACGCCGUUUACCUUCCCGCCGGAAUGGUACCUAUUUAUCUACUUGCACUCUGACGUGCUUUCGAAAUGCUAGGUUGGCAGGAGCUGGGACAGACCAACGGGAGCUCAACCCGUCGCGGGGAUUCGAACCACCAACCUUCUGAUCGGCAAGCCAUAGGCUCAGUGGUUUAGACCACAGUGCCACCCGCUUCCCCUUAGCACACCACAUCUCUCAAAAUUCUUUGGGGAAAGCCAUGACUAUUUAAGGUUGUAGGAUACUUAUUGGUCAGACUUGGAGGAACAAAACGAAGGGAGAUCAGAGGCCUGCAACCCCAAGACAGGGGUGUGUGAGAGAGAAACAGAAAAUUCCAAUAUGUGAGAUUCUUCUUUCUUUAGCGAUCACUCUUAGCCGAGUAAGAUUGCCUUCCGUGAACAUAGUCUAAACAGUGUCUCCGUAGGUGACUGUGGAGGCCAAUUCUGGAGCCACACGUCCUUCCACAGUGGGGACACAGGUUUCUGGGCAGGAGUUGAUCACGGUGAGGGUUUGCCAAACGUGCCUUCCUCUUGGCACAUUUCUCCUUUUCAGCCUGACUUUGAGCAUCUUCAAAGCCCAUGGCACCUUUGGCAAAGGCUGUUCACCAAUUGGAGCACUCGCAGGCCAGUGUUUCCCAGCUCACUGGCAGAAGAAGAGGAGGCUGCGUCCCCAGCAGUGCGAUCCCGGUGGGGUGCCAUCGCGGCUGCCCCACCCACCCACACUGGGUGCCACGCCCCCACAGGUGUUGCACCACACCCCCAGGACGCGCGCCAGCCACACCCACGCCUGCUCUCUGCCUCCGCCCCCCCCCCCCCGGUGCCGGAGCAUGAAGCCCCGCCACUGUCCCAGCUAUCGGUGUUUAUGCUACAUUUUUUUAGGUUUGCCUUGAGAGCGUCUUUAAACCUCUUUUGUUGUCCACCAGUAUUACGCUUUCCAUUCUUAAGUUGGGAAUAGAGUAGUUGCUUUGGAAGGCGAUCAUCGGGCAUCCGAACAACAUGACCAAGUCAAUGAAGUUGAUUCUGAAGAAUCAUUGCUUCGACACUCAACGUCUCCCUUCUGCCACUCAUUACUCUUGCAGAUACUUCUGUCCUUUGCAUAGGAUGCUAGUUUCUGUACACACACUCCUGGCAAGUGAGAAGCCUCAUCAAAGUUUGAGGACACAGUCCAACCAGGCAAAAACACUCUUCUGGAGGGGAAACGGAGCUAUGUGGCUUAAGGAGAGCUACCAAGUUCAGAGAGAGAGAACUGGCGAGGCUGCAUUUUGUCCUUGAGCCAGAGGCUUCCCAUCCCAGCUUUAGCGUAAUAAGAAGAACACCCACGUCUUCACAGGUGUGGAUUGAUUAGACCAGGCACGUCCAACAGUAGAUCAUGAUCUAUCAGUAGAUCAUUGGACGCCUGUGGUAGAUCACUGAUAGAUCACGGGCUCCCCCCAAAGAAGCUCAACAUUUACAGCCUGCACCCUCAAAAAACGGGGCUUUCCUCUUCCCUAAAAAAAGCUUAAUGGCAAGAGCAGUUAGACAAUGGAAUAUAGAGGGUACAUAGGAAGUGGAGGGAUACGAGAUUAGACAAUUGGUUCAACCAUAUCAUAGGGACACGGGUGGCACAGUGGUCUAAACCACUGAGCCUUGUGGGCUUGCCGAUCGGAAGGUUGAGGGUUCGAAUCCCUGCAGCGGGGUGAGGUCCUGUUGCUCUGUCCCAGCUCCUGCCAACCUAGCAGUUCAAAAGCACAACAGCGCAAGUAGAUAAAUAGGUACUGCUGUGGCAGGAAGGUAAACAGCAUUUCCAUGCACUCUGGUUUCCGUCAACGGUGUUCCAUUGCGCCAGAAGCAAUUUAGUCCUGCUGGCCACACAACCCAGAAAGCUGUCUGUAGACAAACGCCGGUUCCCUCAGCCUGAAAGCAAGAUGAGCGCCGCACCCCAUAGUCACCUUUGACUGGACAUAACCAUCCAGGGGUCCUUUACCUUUUACCUUUUACCCCAGUGCUUUUUUUCUGGGGGGGACGCUUACCCCUAAACAUUUUGUGGAUCUAAGAUCUACUGUUAGAUCCCCGGGAGGUUUUGGUAGAUCGUGGUUGAUCGCUGGGUCCCUUUCCAUUAUUGAAUUAGAAUCCUGUCCCGCCCCCAUGGCCCACCCUCCACGAUCUGCAGAAUGGAAGGCGGAGUAUACUGAUCUGUUGGUGAGUGCCUGUUCCCCUUCUUCCCUAAAAAAAAGAUCAACAACUUUGCCUUUAACUCACAAAAAACGGGGCUUUCCUCCUUCCUAAAACAAGCUCAACAACUUUGACCUGAACCCCCCAAAAGGGGGUCGACCACUGCCAGUUUAUAACACUGUGUGUAAAUCGCAGUCUCUUGGUAGUUGGCCACUCCUGGAUUAGACUAUAUCCCAUAAUGAUUUUGGGGUGAAACCCUUUACCCGAAAAUAGGGAUCCUCCAAUAGGGAAUGGCUCCCUCGCUCAGACACCCUCAGAAGAGUCUCCUACCUUUUCUUGAUGGUUUUUAAAACCACAGUUAGGUUGGGAAGUGAUCCGUAAUGAAUUGAAAAAAAAUGUUAAAGUGCUUUCUCCCUCUCAAAACAGAGUCCUUUCUGAUCGGGGAUAAUUCAGACGGAAAUUCCCAGGUGUCGAAAAAGGUUAUUUAUGUAUGCUGCUACUGCAGCCCGUGUUUUGUUAGCCCCAAAAUGGAAAACUAACGAGGUCCCAGCCAAAGAAGGAUGGCAGCUGAAGUUGACAGAAUAUGCCCAACUCGCAGACUUAACAUGCAGAAUAAGAGAACAAGAAGAACAUACGUGCAGAGAAGAUUGGGAAACGUUUAUUGAAUAUAUGGGAAAUAAUUGUGUACAGCUGAAAACCCUGGCAGCAUUAAGAUAAAUUCAACGGUGUAAAUACGUUUUGAUGGAUGCAAUAAUGGAAUACUGAAUGGUAUAGUUUUUGUAAAAUAUGCAGGGAUUUGUGAUAUGUAAAAUGAACCAUGGAACGAGAAGGGAAGAUAUCCUUAAGAUAUCUAUAUCUUAAGUAUGCAAAAUGAAUACUUUAAAUUGUAAAGCAGAAAUACACACACACACACACACACACACACACAGUGGUACCUCGAGUUAAGUACUUAAUUCGUUCCGGAGGUCCGUACUUAACCUGAACCUGUUCUUAACCUGAAGCGCCACUUUAGCUAAUGGGACCUCCCGCUGCCGCUGCACUGCCACUGCAAGAUUUCCGUUCUCAUCCUGAAACAAAGUUCUUAACCUGAAGCACUAUUUCUGGGUUAGCGGAGUCUGUAACCUGAAGCGUAUGUAACCCGAGGUACCACUGCGUAUUUAUAUACAGUACACACACACACAUACCUAAAACCACUGUUAGAGCACUAGGCUGUUCUCAUGUUCACUCUCUUAUCUUUCAGACAGUCAAAAUCCAUCUGAAGAUGUCCUCUCCUGAAAUCGCUUCUCUCUCUUGGGGCCGGAUGACUGUCAAAGGCUGUUCCACGACUUACAAGGACUGUAAAGUCUGGCCUGGGGGCAGUCGGACUUGGGACUGGAGAGAGACGGGAACUGACGUACGUGCCUUUGCUCACCCUCUUCUUAGUUAUCUGGGGGCCACUUGAGUAUUGUAGACUUGGGAUGCAGCUACACAGCUAUAAAAAACGCUCUGAAAACGCUCUGAAAAAACCCUGUUUUCAUAGAGUUCCAAUUUCAGCUCUACAGCACCAUCUGGUGUCGCAGUGUUGUGACACGUUUAUAACGCUUUAUUUUUGCUAAUGUAGCCAAGUCUUUGGAAGAGGUUCAGAAAAGGGCAGCCAAAGCGAUCGAAGCGGGUGGAGUGACUCCCUACUGAGAAAAGGUUGAGGCAUUUGGGGCUUUGAGUUUAGAGAAAAGGCAGGUAUUUGUCGACCUGGCUGGAAUUUAUGAAAUUGCAACAUGGCAUGGAGAAAGUGGGAAGAGAAGGUUUUUCCCCUCUUUGUGCUAGAAAUUGUGAAUAUCCAAUGAAGCUGAAUGUUGGAAGAUUCAGGAUAGAGAAAAAAAAUUCUUCUUUGUGCAGCACCUUGUUAGACUGCGGAACUCUCUUCCACAGGAGGCAGCGGUGGUCACAAACUUGGAUGGUUUUAAAAGGGGACUGGACAGAUUCAUGGCUUUCAGACAUUAAGAGCUGUUUGGUGGUGGGGGGCGGUCUCACUUGGAGGGGGGGCUCUACUUCAUUCCAUUUCCCGCCUCAGUUUCCUUCCUCCCAAAAAUCUCCCUUUCUAAUUCUCAGGGCCUACAUAGCUAUUGAAUAUUGCAUGCUGGGAGCGAAGAAAUCUGCUCUAUGUGCUGUAGGGUGUUUCAUAAAAAAACUCCCCCCCCCCCCCAAAUGCCUGCUCCAAAAGUCUUAUCUUACAACACUAUGGAUUAUAUAGCUAUACAGUGGUGCCUCGCAAGACGAAAUUAAUCCGUUCCGCGAGUCUCUUCGUCUUGCGGUUUUUUCGUCUUGCGAAGCACGGCUAUUAGCGGCUUAGCGGCUAUUAACGGCUUAGCGGCUUUAAGAAAAAGGAAACAAACUCACAAGAACUCGCAAGACAUUUCGUCUUGCGAAGCAAGCCCAUAGGGAAAUUCGUCUUGCGGAACUACUCAAAAACGGAAAACUCUUUCGUCUUGCGCGUUUUUUGUCUUGCGAGGCAUUCGUCUUGCGAGGUACCACUGUAUCUGAAAUUCCAUGCGUAUCCGUUAAUAUCUCGACCCUCCUCCAAGAAAAUAAUGAUAAUAUAAUAAAAAAAAAUGUUAUACCCCACCCUUCCCGGUUCAGAAAACCGGACUCAGGGCGGCUAACAACAAAUUUAAAGCAAUUGAUGCAACAAAAACAGCUUAAAUUACAGUAUAAAACGUGAAUAACAAUAAAUUCAGAAUUCAACAAUCAAUUUAGGGGGGAAAUCCAUCCAAUAAGCAUUAGAUGAUCACCAGGGCUAGCUGGCUAAAUUAGUCCUAUUUGGGCCAGCGAGGAGACCAGGGGAGAAUUAGCUGUGGGAUCCCAGAGCGGGUAAUCUUCAUAAAAAGAGGAGAGGGAGGGAAGGAAGGGGAAUAAAAGAUCAGGCUAAGUUCAAAUUGAAAGCCAGGCGAAAAUAGCUGUUUACUUGGGCGUUUUCCUAUGUCGUGAAGGCUGAAAUUUCCAUUCAGUGGAGCAGGGUCAAGAUAUUAACUGAUAUGCAUGAAAUUUCAGAUAUAGCUAUAUAUUCUCUAGUUUAGUAAGAUAAGACCUUUGGAGCAGGCAUUUUUUUAAAAAAAAGUUUUUUAUGAACCGCCCUAAUGUGCUGUGGGUUUCAUCUAAAACAAUAGACCUUUGCAGCGGUGGGGGUGAAGGAUAGAGGAAGGGAAUUUUCUCCCUGUUUUCACAGCAGCUACUAUUUUUACUUUAAAUAAUUUUAAAAAAAAGAAGCCUCAGCUGCCGCAGCUCUCAUAAACCCAAUUAUCUUCUUCUGCCCCUUCACUCUACACUAAUCAGUUCCAACUUGAGGUGCCCACUACAGCUCACCUCAAGGUCCUAUUUUCUAAAAGACUUGGAUGAUAUCUGGGUUCUUCCCCACCCCUUUCUCCCUGUAAAAGAAAAUAAAAAUACUGUUUUGUUAAAACAUCACACACACACGCACCCCACAUACACACAAACAUCAGUUCUUUUGUGCUGCCUGGAAAUAAAAUCCUCUUUUUCUUCCUCUUUCAUGGCACCGCUGUUUCCAAAGUGCUCCUUGCUGGCAGCAGAACCUUUCAACCAGCCAAUUAUUGUAAUUACAGUAAACCCAGAUCUCCUUUUUCUUUUGUUGAGGUUGUCAUGUGACCAACCAUUAAAAAUGUUCCAGAGUGUUUGGGGCUGGGCUUUUUUUUUUUUAAAGCUACGGGGAAGAAAAACCUCUCUCCCCCUCCUUCCGUCUGCCAGGCAAAUCACAAUCUGAAUUAUCCUGCAUGCCUGUCUUCUUCCAUGUUGCCCGUUGCAAAGAUAAUCUGUCCCCAGCUGGGUUAAACCAAGUGAAUUUACCGCUUUCACAACUGCGGUCCAGCCUUAGCAGGUUAGGGGGAAAUACUGGACCGCAAAAAGGCCUUAUAUGGGAGGCGGAUAAAUUGUCAAUGAUGCCUACCUGUACCUUGCAUGAAACCGCCCAUUUGGACAGAAGCCAGACGUUCUUAGGCUGCGGGGCAGUUACGAAACAAAAAACACUGCGAAGCUUCUGUCGGAAGCUAAAAAUAGACUGGCAAAUGCUCGGAAGUCUAUUUGGAACAGCUGUGCAUUGUGUGCAAACGUCUUGUCUGCAAACUUCACAGACCGUGGAUGGCUGCCAGCCGUCCACUUAUUAUGCAGAUUUAAGUUACGAAUUGCAACUUCAAGUUUAUCAGAAGUAACAACUGAAAUGAAAAGGACAUGUCUGUCUGCCUUUGUUGCUGUCGUUUAGUCGUGUCCGACUCUUCGUGUCCCCAUGGGCCAGAGCACGCCAGGCAUUCCUGUCUUCCACUGCCUCCCGCAGUUUGGUCAAACUCAUGUUCGUAGCUUCGAGAACACUGUCCAACCAUCUCAUCCUCUGUCGUCCCCUUCUCCUUGUGCCCUCCGUCUUUCCCAGCAUCAGGGUCUUUUCCAGGGAGUCUUCUCUUCUCAUGAGGGGGCCAAAGUAUUGGAGUCUCAGCUUCAGGAUCUGUCCUUCCAGUGAGCACUCAGGGCUGAUUUCCUUCAGAAUGGAGAGGUUUGAUCUUCUUGCAGACCAUGGGACUCUCAAGAGUCUCCUUCAGCCCCAUAAUUCAAAAGCAUCAAUUCUUUGGCGAUCAGCCUUCUUUAGGGUCCAGCUCUCACUUCCAUACAUCGCUACUGGGAAAACCAUAGCUUUAACUAUACGAACCUUUGUCGGCAAGGGGGUGUCUCUGCUUUUUAAGAUGAUGUCUAGGUUUGUCAUCGAUUCUCCCAAGAAUCAGGUGUCUUGUCAUUUUGUGACUGCUGUCACCAUCUGCAGUGAUCAGAUGUCUGCCUUAGUAUACCAAAACAUCUCUUACCCUCAUAAAGUUCUUAAUGUUGAGUAAAAAAAUCUCCUUUCUUAUAACUUCCCUCCAGGGCAGAAAAUAAGCUUGCUCCAUCUUCCACGUGACAGUUAUUUAGAUAUUUGAAGAAGGCUAAUAAUAAUAAUAAUAAUUUAUUUAUACCCUGCCCAUCUGGCUGGGUUUCCCCAGCCAUUCUGGGCGGCUUUCAACAGAAUAUUAAAAUACAAUAAUCUAUUAAACAUUAAAAGCUUCCCUAAACAGGGCUGCCUUCGGAUAUCUUCUAACAGUCUGGUAGUUGUUUUUCUCUUUGACAUCUGGUGGGAGGGCGUUCCACAGGGCGGGCACCACCACCGAGAAAGCCCUCUGCCUGGUUUCCUGUAACUUGGCUUCUCACAGGGAGGAAACUGCCAGAAGGCCCUUGGCGCUGGACCUCAGUGUCUGGGCUUAACGAUGGGGGUGGAGACGCUCCUUCAGGUAUACUGGACUGAGGCCGUUUAGGGCUUUCAAGGUCAGCACCAACACCUUGAAUUGUGCUCGGAAAAGUACUGGGUGCCAGGUCUUUCAAGACCGGUGUUAUGUGGUCUUGGCGGCCGCUCCCAAUCACCAGUCUAGCUGCCGCAUUCUGGAUUAGUUGUAGUUUCUGGGCCACCUUCAAAGGUAGCCCCACAUAGAGCGCAUUGCAGUAGUCCAAGCGAGAGAUAACCAGAGUAUGCGCCACUCUUCAUACCCAACUCCUUCAACCGUUCCUCCCAAGGCUUGGUUUCCAAAUCCUUCAUCAUCUUGGUUGCCCUCCUCUGCACACGUUCCAGCUUGUCAACAUCCUUCUUAAAUUGUGGCGCCCAGAACUGGACACAGGGCUCCAGUUGGGGUUUAACCAAGGCGGAACAGAGCCUUAUUAUUUAACGCCUUUCCCUUUACUUCCAAACGCAGCAUGUUCCAGGCGUGCAGCCCGCAGAUGUGGAAGAAGUUGUUCGGAAGGGCGCCGAGACGUUAGUGAUUGGCCGUGGCAUGAGCGAAGCCUUGCAGGUACUUUUGCUAGGCUUGGUGGGACUGGGAGUCUGGUUGCAAAAUUCAGAAUCCAGUGGGGGGUCUGGUGGCAUUCCAGCACCUAUUAUUGGAGGUCCUGCAUAGCAUUCUAUUGCCAGCCAAUUGACACUAGCUGAGUAUUAUUUAGGGACGCGGGUGGCGCUGUGGUCUAAACCAGAGCCUAGGACUUGCCAAUCACAAAGUUGGCGGUUCGAAUCCCCGUGACAGGGUGAGCUCCUGUUGCUCGUUCUGCUCCUGCCAACCUGACAGUUCGAAAGCACGUCAAAGUGCAAGUAGAUAAAUAGGUACUGUUCCAGCGGGAAGGUAAACGGCAUUUUCGUGCGCUGCUCUGGUUCGCCAGAAGCGGCUUAGUCAUGCUGGCCACAUGACCCGGAAGCUGUACGCCGGCUCCCUUGGCCAAUAAAGCGAGAUGAGCGCCGCAACCCCAGAGUUGGCCACGACUGGACCUAAUGGUCAGGGGUCCCUUUACCUUUACGUAUUAUUCUAGAUUUAUUCAUGAAUAAUACAGGGAACCCCUGAUUAUGUUCCAGGUCUCCCUGUAACUGAAAUUGCAUAUAUUGAGAGCACCCUGGAGGGGCAGCAGGACUUGCAUAGCUGACAUGCAGGGAAACUUCUUCCCUGAACACCAGCUAAGAUGGUCAACGAAGACCAGGCAGCAGGAUUUAUGAUUUUAUUGUUUGGCCUUAUGCUUUAAUAUUGUUGUAAGUCACUGCAAUAUAUUUUUAUGAUACAGUGGUAUAUAAAAAAAAAAUUAUAGGUAAAUAAAACUAAGAGUUUUCAGGAGGUGUUUAAUACCGGUGCAGGGACGCGGGUGGAGCUGUGGGUUAAACCACAGAGCCUAGGGCUUGCUGAUCAGAAGGUCAGCGGUUCGAAUCCCCGCGAUGGGAUGGGCUCCUGUUGCUCGGUCCCUGCUCCUGCCAACCUAGCAGUUCGAAAGCACAUCAAGUGCAAGUAGAUAAAUAGGUACCGCUCCGGCGGGAAGGUAAACGGCGUUUCCGUGCACUGCUCUGGUUCGCCAGAAGCGGCUUAGUCAUGCUGGCCACAUGACCUGGAAGCUGUACGCCGGCUCCCUCGGCCAAUAAAGUAAGAUGAGCGCCGCAACCCCAGAGUCAGCCACGACUGGACCUAAUGGUCAGGGGUCCCUUUACCUUUUACCUUAAUACCGGUGCAGCUAACUGACAGCUAGCCUGGGUUCAAAACGAUGCCCAGGUUCCAGCUAUGUGGGAAUGGCUACGGGAAUGUCUUGAACUAGCUGAAACUGACAAGAGACUGGACAGAUUUGAUUCCUAAGAGGAACGGCAUGUUUUAUGGCACAAAGUAUGUUGAAAGUAAUGUGGUUGUUUUUUUGCAAAUUUUGGAAACAUUAGACUUGAAAGUCAUUUAUUUAUGUGAAGUGUGACUUAUGCAUACAUGUGGCAACCAUUUCGGUCGACAGGGGUUCUGCCCCACUCCAGGUCCAAAGAAACUAGGGGAUGGGCACUAUCUGGUUUUCAGCAUCGCAAUAUAUCAUCAGCUAAACAUCGCAGUAUACUGAUACAACCCAAAAGUGUUUCUCCGCGCACGCAUGCGCAGAAGCGGUCUACUGCUUCUCCUCCGGUUGCGAAAACCUCGGGAUCCAGCCGGACCUCUGGAAAGGAUCCCAUUCACAAGUGGAGGUACCACUGUACGUACAGUCGUGCCUUGGCUCCUGAACGCCUUGGGAGUCGAACGUUCCAGCUCCCGGACGAUCGAAACCCGGAAGUGAGUGUUCCAGUUUUUGAAUGUUCUUUUGGAAGCCGAACAUCCAACGGGGCUUCCGAUUGGCUGCAGGAGCUUCCUGCAGCCAAUCAGAAUCCGCGUUUUGGUUUUUUAACAUUUCGGAAGUCAAACGGACUUCCGGAACAGAUUCUGUUUGACUUCCAAGGUACGACUGUAUAUCACGAUGUCUGAAAUUAGGAUGGCACUAUGCAGAGGCAUUGGCUGGCUUCAUGGUUUUUUCUGCAUCGUGAUUUCAGUCAACACCUGCUCUUGUGAUUCGUGCUCCCUGCAGGAGGCAGGGGGAGAGCCGAGUCGGCAUUUCACAGGGGCUGCAGGAAUCGAGAGAAGCAUCGGCUUGGGUUCACGGUUUUUCCCACAUUGUGAUUUUUGCAUAGCACACACACACAUCAUGAUACACGAUACAGUGGUACCUCGGGUUACAUACGCUUCAGGUUACAGACUCCACUAACCUAGAAAUAUUACCUCGGGUUAAGAACUUUGCUUCAGGAUGAGAACAGAAAUCGUGCUCCGGCGGCGUGGCGGUAGCGGGAGGCCCCAUUAGCUAAAGUGGUGCUUCAGGUUAAGAACAGACCUCCAGAACGAAUUAAGUUCUUAACCAGAGAUACCACUGUAUAUUGCCAGGCCCAAAAUUAUGAAACUGAUAUUACGAUAGGGACUUCAGGCUGGUUUGGGACAAUGUAUUGAUAUAUUGCCCAGCCCUAAAAAGGACUUGCACAUUGGCAGUUGUGAAUCAAUUGGAUGAGCGCAAAACGGUCGCUGCGUGUAUUUCAAAGUAUAAAAAAGAGAAAGGGAGCCGCUAACUGGGUUUUAUGCAUGUUAGCAAUGAAGUCACAGCUUGUGUGCAAGAAGAGACUCCUCUCUGACUCUUUUCUCUUCCCGAUUUCUCAAGGUGCCGUCAUCCACCGUGGACUACCUGAAGAGCCAUGGGAUCGAUGUGCUGGUCCUGCAGACGGAAAAAGCUGUGAAAGAGUACAACGCUUUGGCCAGCAAAGGGGCCAAAGUGGGUGGGGUCUUCCAUUCCACCUGCUAGAGCAAACUUCCCCAACUUGGUGUCCCCCAGAUGAUUUGGGUUCCAGCUCCCAUGAGCCCCUGUGAGGCUGUCUGCGGGCACCAGGUUGGCAAAGCCUGCUUAGAGAGAUGAAGCCACCUCUCCCUUUCAACCGUCUUGUGCCUUCAUGUGAAUAAAAGAGAGCACUUUUGGGUCAGCA